CCUGAAUCUUAAAGAGCGGUUACAAUGGUCAAGAUCAAGAGCAUCGAGUAUUUCCGCGUCCUGCCCCGCUGGCUUUUUGUCAAGGUUACCGAUGAAGAGGGGCAAUAUGGUUGGGGUGAAAGCACCCUAGAAGGUCACACUGAGGCCGUGGAGGGUACUCUCAAUGCCCUGUGCAAGCGUUUCAUCGGCUACGAGGCAGACGACAUUGAGCAUGUUUGGCAAAUGGCAUGGCGUCUGGGCUUCUACCGCGGCGGCGCGGUCUUCAUGUCUGCCAUCUCCGGUAUCGAUAUUGCCCUCUGGGAUCUGAAGGGCCGCCGUCUCGGUGUUCCCGUCUACCAGCUGCUUGGCGGAAAGGUCCGCAACAAGCUUUCCGUCUAUGCCUGGAUCGGUGGUGACCGUCCUGGUGAUGUCGAGGCCGCUGGCAAGGCCCGCUUGGCACAAGGUUUCAAGGCCAUCAAGAUGAACGCCACCGAAGAUGUCAACUGGCUUGACUCGCCUAACAUCGUGGACUCCAGCGUCGAGCGCUUGAAAGCAGUUAAAGCUCUCGGCCUGGACGCCGCUCUUGAUUUCCACGGCCGUCUACACAAGCCGAUGGCCAAGCAGCUGGCUAAGGCUCUCGAGCCGCAUCGUCCACUUUUCCUGGAGGAGCCUCUCCUUUCCGAGCACCCCGAGGGUAUCAAGCAGCUCUCUGAUAUGGUUUCCUGUCCUAUUGCGCUGGGCGAGCGUCUUUUCAGUCGUUGGGACGUGAAGCGUUUCUUAGAAGAUGGUAGCGUCGAUGUUCUCCAGCCCGAUAUCAGUCACUGCGGUGGUAUCUCCGAGCUGCGCCGUAUUGCCUCUAUGGCAGAGACCUACGACGUUGCUAUUGCGCCACACUGCCCGUUGGGCCCCAUUGCUCUGGCCGCCUGCAUGCAGGUGGAUCUCACCACUCCCAAUUUUGUCAUCCAGGAGAUGAGCGUUGGUAUUCACUACAAUACUGAGGCCGGCGAGUACGACAUCAACAGCUACGUCAAGGACCCCUCGGUGUUUGAUGUGAAAGAUGGGUUUGUUGAGGCUCUGAGCAAGCCCGGUCUUGGGAUUGAGGUGGAUGAGGAGGUGGUCCGACGGGUGGCUCAGAAUACCCCGCCCUGGCAGCCCAAGGAGUUCUUUGGCCCCGAUGGUUCGAUUCGGGAGUGGUAGAUGGAACACCGAUGAGCCUGUAUUUCAAUUUGCAUAGCCU